AUGACAACCUCGAACUUUUCAAUUGAAGAUUUGGCCAAUUCUUUGAUUGGUAGAUUAGAUCGAGAAAGGAUAUUUCCUCCACAAUAUAGCAACCCCGAGUCUUUUGUUGCGCCCGCCACCGCUAUCAAUGCACCAGCUUCAUGCAGACGUCCACGUAGACCACCGAAUGCAUUUUUACUUUGCCGUAAGAAUGUUCACCAAGAAGCAAAACGUCGUGGAACUUGUAAUAUGCGUGUCAUAAGUAAAGUCACCGGGAUUUUGUGGCGUAAUGCCUCUCUAGAAGAAAAGGAAGUUUAUGAAAGACUUGCCGAUCAAGUGAAUGAAAUUCAUGUUCAAAGGCAUACCAUUCUAUAUCGACAGCAGCAGCAGGCUCUCCUCGCUGCUUCUUCCCGGAAUGUCCCUCUGAGACCUGUGGCGUAUAAACCGUAUCCAACUCCGUCCACCCUCACCAUGGACGACCGUCACAAGUCUUAUCAACUACCGACGCCACCGAUGAACUCUUUUGAUCAAGAACCUAUUCAAAUUCCAUCCCCACCUAUUCUUCCUUUUGAUCAAAGACCCCAUCAUCAAACUUCAUCGCAAAUUGAACAUUCAAAUAACGGUCAAGAAAGUUUGAUCUCAAAUCAAUUCAUUGAUAACGAUGAAAAUUUUGUCGAAGACUCGGAGCGAUUAUUUUAUUAUUUUAAUCUUUGGUCGCCGCAACAGCAGCAGCAAUAA